GCAACCCUAGGACGACUAUCUCUCAUAUAGUAUUUUCCCAUGAACCAAAAAUACAAGAUCACCUAAUCAAAGAAGUGAUCUGUAGUCGUUGGUUCAUGUCAUUUGCAGAUACUACACAGGAACCAAUGACGUCUCUUCUUGACUUGAAUGACGAUUGUCUCUUCGAAAUAUUCAAGUAUCUCAACCUCAUGGAAACAUUUAAUGUACUCGAUCUUCGCAAUUCUCGACUUACGGGGAUCGCACGUCAAAGAAUCGCCACAUUCAAGGAGCUAAAUAUUCAAAUACGAGAACUUCCGAACUUCGCAUGGACGCAGCUAAAAAUUAUCGGUAAGAAUUUGCGCAUCUUCAGUUUAAUCGUAGGCUAUUCAAUACCAACGCAAACGGUGCUAAAUAUUAUAAAGCCACUUUGUCAGGGAGCUGCCUUAACUGCACAACUGCGAGAAUUUUCGCUUAAUUAUGUCUACUUUAAUGAAGAAUUCUGCCAGUGUAUCGGGGAUGCUGUGACAAAAGUCCAGAGAGUAAAUUUAAGCUACUGCCAACUUACGGAUGAGAUCCUAUCCGAAUUCCUCAAGAAGUGUGUUAGCUUAAGAGAGUUAUAUAUUUUGGGAAAUUAUACGCUAAACGGCGAUUUUCUACGCAAUUUUCACACGCCUUCCUUACGGACAAUCAGGCUGGAAUUGCAUGCGGCAUGGACUUUCCCCCUUGGAGAAUUCAAAACCAAAUAUCCAAACAUUCUAUUGAUAACAACGUGAUUUUCUGGGUGAUUAUAGACAAUUUUUACAAACUUGUUUAAUAUUCGGUGCAACGAAAGAGGAAAAUAAAAUAAACAAAUAAGGAUAACUCAAAAUAUGAA